UCUAGUAAUACUACAUAAAGCAACACGAGUGAAAGCUUCAGCAUCCCAAUUGACUAUGAGCGGAGCUCUGAAAAUGGCGACUGACUCUCAAGCAUACUUAGAAGGUGACAAGGUUAAAGAAACCAAGUCCUUAAUCGCCGAACUCUGCCGUCAUUUUUACAACCAGGGCUGGGUUGGGGGCACCGGCGGCAGCAUCACCAUUAAAGUCCACGAUGAAUCUAUUCCCAAAGCCCAACAACUUAUCGUCAUGUCCCCUUCCGGGGUGCAAAAGGAAAGGAUGGUGGAAGAGGAUAUGUAUGUGAUGUCAUCAGAUGGGUCUAUUUUAACUGCGCCGGUGGCUAAACCUCCUCCCCACAAAUUUCCCAAGUGUUCUGAUUGUGCUCCUCUUUUUAUGAAGGCAUAUGAGAUGCGUAAUGCUGGUGCCGUUAUCCACAGUCAUGGAAUGGAAUCCUGCCUUGUAACAAUGCUUAAUCCACUAGCAAAAGAAUUUCGGAUCACUCAUAUGGAAAUGAUAAAAGGAAUUCAAGGGCAUGGUUACUAUGACGAACUUGUGGUUCCUAUCAUAGAGAACACUGCAUAUGAGAGAGAACUCACAGAAUCUCUUACUGAAGCUAUCAAAGCUUACCCAAAAGCAACAGCCGUGCUGGUCCGCAACCAUGGUAUAUAUGUGUGGGGAGAUUCUUGGAUCAGUGCUAAAACACAGGCUGAGUGCUACCACUACCUCUUUGAUGCUGCUAUUAAACUUCAUCAAUUAGGACUUGACUGGACAACACCAGCUCAUGGUCCCAUUCAUAACCCCAAUGGUCCUUUUGUUGGCAUCCAGAAUGCCAAAAUAUCUGCAAAAGCAGGUACUCUUGCUUCAAAUGGCAGCAGCAUUGAACCAUCAAGGCGGUGCAUCAUUUUGGAUAUAGAAGGAACCACUACCCCAAUAACAUUUGUUACUGAUGUUCUGUUCCCUUAUGCACGUGAUAAUGUGGGGAGACAUUUGGAUGCUACAUAUGGCUCAGCAGAAACUCAACAGGAUAUUAAGUUAUUACGUGCUCAAGUGCAACAAGACCUAGAAAAUGGUGUUGCUGGUGCUGUGCAUAUCCCGUCUGAAGAUGCUGGGAAGAUGGAAGUACUUGCAGCUUUGGUUGCUAAUGUAGAGGCAAUGAUUAAAGCGGACCGAAAGAUUAUUGCAUUGAAGGAGUUACAGGGACAUAUAUGGCAAACUGGGUUUGAGAAUAAUGAGUUAGAGGGACUUGUUUUUGAUGAUGUGCCUCAAGCUCUUGAGAAAUGGACCUCUUUAGGCUUCAAGGUAUACAUAUACUCAAGUGGCAGCAGAUUGGCACAGAGACUUUUGUUUGGUCACACAAAACAUGGAGACCUGAGAAAUUAUCUCUGUGGAUUUUUCGAUACAACAGUGGGAAACAAGAGAGAAACAAAAAGUUACCAAGAAAUUACAGCAUCGUUGGGAGUAGAUAAUCCAUCAGAGAUAUUGUUUUUGACAGAUGUCUAUCAAGAAGCAACAGCUGCAAAGGCAGCAGGUUUGGAAGUGAUAAUCUCUGUCAGACCAGGAAACGGACCUCUCCCGGAUAAUCACGGGUUCAGGACAAUCCGAUCAUUUUCAGAGAUCUGAAGAUGGAAUGUGUCAUCCUGUAACAUUUUCCAUGUAUGGUGUAACAUAUCAUAAUAAAAGAAAGUUGGGGGUAGGUCCAUGUUUCUCUAGCAAAAAUUAAUAGAGUUGCUUGAGUCAUACUGCUGCUCUUACCUUUCACAAAUGGGGUGGGGGUGGGGGGUGGGGGUGUCCAUUUGCGUGUUGCAACCUUAGGAUUAGUGUCAACUAGUUUCCUCUUUUCUGUUGUAUUGAGAUGGUAUUAAGUUAACUUAUGAGAACAAUUUCCGGAGAUCGACGUUUUUAGUUCCAUUUCCAAAGAGAUGGCUGGAGUGGAACCUCGCUCCUCAUUUCUAAAUAAGGUAGCUUGCUGGUUUUUCCCUCGGUUAAUGUAUAGAAAAUUGAAUGAAAACUGGCGAAAAAGAAGUAUGCUGAGGAACAAAAUUCUCAAUC